AUGCUGUACAAUAUCGAGAAAAUUCUCUCUCACCAUUCUGGACAUGUAAUUUUCGAGCGCGUCCUCCCCUUCCUCUCGGAUUUCGAAUUGUUGGAGCUAGAAAAAGAGCUUGGAGAAAGAGAAGAUCUUCUGGAAGGACUCAAUGCGGCGUUACCCUCGAUAGUUUGGCGGCUCAGAGCGAAAAGAGACCCAAAAGAGCUGAGGGUCACAAAUGAUUUCAAGAACUACUGCGCCGCAGUGCGAGAAAACUUGGAACAACGGGCCCUGACUUGGAAUGACAUUGAUUUCAAUUGA